CCUCGAGCUCGGCGUCGAGUGUUGCGCUGCCCGUCCAUCAAUUCAUGCCAACAACGAAAGCCAGCUUCAUCCCUGCACUCAGCCAACAGAGACAGCGACAACAGCAAGAUGAAGAGGCGGCGAGAACUCGAGCUGACUCGGUCAACGAGAAGUUGAAUCGCUCGCGCUUGGCGGCGAGGCAGCGACGCGAUCCUCUUUGCCACUCUUCCACAACAUCCUCCUCAGCAUCCUUGCCUCGCUCGAACAUCUCCCCAACAUACAUCACGUCCUCGUCAUCGUCAUCUCCGCACGUCGGACUCAAGUUCCUCUCAGCCACUGAAGCCAAACAACUUGACACAGAAGAGGAAGCCCGUGCCCGCGCCAUUCGUAGAAUGUAUGCUGGACCAGCCCCACCACAAAGCUGGCAGGGAUCAGGCCCACCAUCAGCCUCGACAUCUAACAACUCCCUCUCGCAAUCUGCUUCCCUCUCUCAAUCGCUACCCAUCACGAUUCCGCCUCAUGCCAUUGCCACAAUCGAGCAGGAAGCAGCAGCUCGCAACCCAGACAUGCGCUCCUUGGUCAUGUCCUGCCGCGAGAGAGACCGCCAGGUCAUUGCACCUUGGCAAUCGACACGACCAUCAUGGACUACCAGACCCACUGUACCGUCCCUCCGCAUGAUCACUGCAGCAUACCUCGUCGAUCUGCUACACCACGCUCCAUCUUCUACGGGCUCGUCACCUCCAACCAACCCUGAGACCCGCCAAGCAGCCGCACAAGCUCGCAGAAAUAUCAAAGAUCUGCCCAAGCACCUCAAGCUCACCAUCAUGGCGGCAGGAGGCAGCGUAUGCCGCUCUUUGCACCCACUCGAGCGCUCUCAGGAUGAGACGUGGUCCCCACGGCGCCACGAUCUUUCGACCAUUGUGUGCCUCUGGCCGGGCUCGGCCGCUCACUUCGAGCAAGUUGGCACGCUCGACCCUACACGCCACUCCAGCCGCAUCGAACCCGAAGAAGCACAAGUAGACGAUGACUGGGAGGAGGUCGCCAUGGUUGCCGACCGAGAGUGUAACGACAGCCUCGCAGACCAGGCCAUAGUCGAUCUAGCAUUCUCCUCCCUCCCCUCAACAUCAGCCCGCGCUCUCCUCAAUCCUGGAGGUGCUAUCAACCCACACAUCCGCAGCCUGAACCUCGCAAGCAUGAAGUUAUCCGACGACUUCCUCUUCCACGUCAUUCAGCACGGCUUUCCGAAUCUCGAAGAGCUCUGCCUGGCCCGUUGCACACCAUCGCGAGAGAUUCCCCGCCCUGAUCGCCACGCUGCUGGUAGGCUUCGACGCUUCUGGACGACGUGCACCAAGAUCAAGCUGUUGGACCUGAGCCACGUUACACCCACCCUGGCUCUCCUCUUCUCAGAUGGCUUGCACGCUGCUGCCCACGCGACGUCGUCUGGCCAGCCACGACCCCGACUCGCACAGGACCUCCAGGACGUCUUGGUCAAGGGAGCCUUUACUUCGGAGAUGGGCGCGAGAUACGAGAAGACCAGUAGCUGGCGUGAGCGCUGCGCUGGCGCAAAGAUCUACAGCGUGUCCUCUAGCACCAGCAUUGGAGACAUUAGCCUCAAUGACUGCAGCCCCUCUAGCGCCCGUCUGCGGGAGUACGACCCGGCCCGUCUUCGCGAACUGGAAGCAGCUCGCGGCAUCCGAGUCCCCUACUGGGUCUCAGCGCACCACGUAGAGUGGGCCAUGGUCCAUCUGCCGCGCCCAGUAGGUCACACCAUCCUAGGAAGCCUCACAGACGCCAAGGACGAGUCGAGGGCAGACGAAGAGGCCAUGCAUCAAACAGGCUGGCACGGGAAAGUGCGAGUCAGGAUUCUCCCAAUGGCAAUGCUGCCUAUACAUUCGCCGGACCUCUACCGACAAUUCUCGGAGAAGGGGGAGGACCAUGUGAGUACGGGCCAACUCUUCUUGGUCACAAUGAGGAACUACUUUGGGAAUCAGGUCGAUUUGUGGAUUUGAGCAUGGACUACCCACGGGAUCGUUGCUUCUUCUUCUUCUUUUCUCUAGCAUCAACUGUACAAUCAUCUAAGCAUCCUUUCAUCUACUCUGUACAAAGACUUUGCGCUCCAAUCGUCAUCAUCUAAUCUAUGCUUGCCCAUGUCCCCUCUACUU